UGCUGUGGAGGGCCAGAGAGAGAGGGAAGGAGGGAGAGAGAGAGUAGACGAGAGGAUUGGAGAGAGGGAGGGAGUGGAGGAGAGGGGGAAACACUAUGACCUUCAGAGGGAAAGAUAGCCAGGGAACCAACCCAAUAGGAGGUUUGUCCACUGAGAAGGAGAGAAGGAGGGAGAGAGGGGGAGAGAGAGGGAGGCGUAAGAGAAGGGUGGGAGAGACAAAAAGCAGAGAGACAGAAAACUCGAUUUGAUAAAAGAGGGCAGGUACCAUUGGCAGGACAAUGAAGACAGGUGUGGGACUCUACACUGCCCUGGUGCUCUGUCUCCUGAUGGGGACAGUGUUUUUACAGAGACCACGGCCUAAGAAACCUCCUAAGCCUCCAAAGCCCACCAAGCGCCCCUCCUUUAAGCCUGCCCCGCCACCUAAGGAACCAGAACCCCAGGAGCCCACAGACUUCCCCCCUCCCAUCCUUGGCCCCCCUUCCAUGUUCAAUGACUGUCCCCGGGAGUGUUUCUGUCCCCCUUCCUUCCCCAAUGCCCUCUAUUGCGAGAACCGGAACCUCCGUACGGUCCCUGUGAUCCCAUCCAGAGUACACUACCUGUACCUGCAGAACAACUACAUCUCCGAGGUAACGGCGGAACCCUUCAACAAUGCCACAGAGCUGAGAUGGGUCAACAUGGCCAACAACCGCAUCAAAAAAGUGGAUAAGCAGGUGUUUGAGAAGGUACCUGGUCUGUUGUUUCUCUACAUGGAGAGGAACCAGCUGAAAGAGGUUCCUGAUGACCUGCCAGUUGGGUUGGAGCAGCUCAGACUCAGCCACAACCAGAUCUCCAAGAUCCCCUCUGGAGCCUUCGGCAAGAUGGAGCACCUCGCUCUGCUCGACCUGCACCACAACAAGUUGAGUGACAGUGACAUGGGGAAGAACACGUUUAAAGACCUGAAGAACCUGGUUCAGUUGAACUUGGCCCACAACAUCCUGAAGAAGAUGCCAGCUAACAUCCCCAAUGGCAUCGCACAGCUAUUCCUGGACAGGAACAACAUUGACAACAUCCCUAAGGACUACUUCCAAGGCUUCUCCAACCUGGCAUUUGUGAGGCUCAACUACAACCAGCUGAGUGAUAAGGGAGUCCCUAAGGCUGUGUUCAACGUAUCCACUCUGCUAGACCUUCACCUGGCCCACAACCAGCUCACCUCCGUCCCCCUGUUCAACUCCCAGCUGGAGCACUUGCACCUCAACCACAACAGCAUCGAGAGUAUUAAUGGGACCCAGCUGUGUCCAUUUAGUCUGUCCUCUGAGAGUCUGACUGAUGAGGCUCUGAUGCCCAGGCUCAGGUACCUGCGUCUGGAUGGGAACCACCUGAGUCCUCCUGUCCCUCUAGAUGUCAUCAUGUGUUUCAGACACCUCAAGUCCAUCGUUGUCUAGAACCAGGCCUGGAGUCAGGGGCUGCUUCAGGACGCAUACACAUACACAAACACACACAUACAUGCACACACGCGCACUCACACACAGUCAGCAAAUGGCAGCAAACCUACGCAGAUGUACGCAAGGCCACGCACGGACACACACACGCUGCCUCGGACACAAACAGACAUGCUUGCCCAUACGCAGUCACACGCACAUACACUCACACAUGCACACACACACACUACUAUUUCAGAUGGGUGAAAUGGUGCCAAAUAACCUGAGUAAAAUGCUAGCUGUACAGCUUUGACAACUUCAGGAAUAUUUCACUCGUCUAAACAAAUAUUUAUAAAACUAAGAACCAACCCGUCGCAUUGACUACGUCUUUGAAGCAUGGAUGUAUCUGCAGUUACUACCAUGUAGUUUAAAAUGCCCAUGGGGAAUCUGUGUUUUUGAGGUACUUUGUUUAUAAAAAAUAUAAAAUUAUAUCCUUGUUUUUGUAUAAAGCAGUUGUGUACAAAUAAAAUAAAUAAAAUAUGCUCUUGGCCAAAUCA